AUGAAGAACAAAUUAAGCAUCAGAAGAUGGCUUGGAGUUCCAAGAAGCUUCUCAAGUAUCGGCCUGUACAGAUCUGGUAGCAAGCUACAGCUUCCACUUCCCUCUCCCACAGAGGAGGUCAAGGUCACCAAAGUCAGGCAAUGUGGACGAAAAAGUCACAGGAGCGCGGGUGUAAGUCAACACAGGUCGGAAGUGGGUGGCAGUCAAGGCAGUCGACGACGCAGAAUUCAGGCUCAUACACAACGACAUCAACAGCACUUACGAGCGCGAAAUACCGAUGGCGGCACAAGAUCCUCAGCGAGAUUGCAGCAAGCCUGUGGUGUGGCGCGAAAGAAGAAGCCAUCAAUGCAGACAAGGCCAACCUUCAUCAAUUUCGUAAAAGAGGGAGGAUCAGCAUCAAGCAACAACAGGUCUACAAAUUCAGGCAUCAUAGCAUCAACGAGCGACUGGGAACUUAUGGUAGACCUGAAGAAGCUGAAAUUCCCACCAGACGUCGCCUCAAAGACUCUACACCCUGAUGUGUUGUUGCUUUCGAUAGCAAGAAUGAAGCUAGUGCUUCUGGAUCCGACAGUGCCAUGGGAACAGCGAAUGGAGGAGGCACUCGAGAGAAAUAAGGCAAAAAGCCAGCCGCUACUUGAUGAGUGCCGACGACAAGGAUGGAAGACGUGGAACCUCCCUAUCGAGGUUGGCAGUCGGGGCUUGGCCGGGCAGUCACUCUGGAAGGUCUACGGAGUACAUGUACUUGGCAUCACUGGAAUGGCAAAGAGACGGGCAAUAGCAGAUGUCUGCAGGCAAGCAGAAUCAGCCUCAAAAUGGCUAUGUAAGAUGAGAGAACAGCAGUGGACAGCUAAUCAGUCUCUGGUCGAGAUUUGA